GGGCAAGCAGUCAUGAAUAUAUCAAACAAUUCCUCAACUAACCUCGACAACCAAGCGCCGACGCAGCCAAUAGAGGGAAGGCUCCAAUGGCUCGCCACAAUAGUCUUGUUCGGGGUGAUUUUUGUCGUUUAUGUCCUCAUUCUUACCAUGUCCAAUUGUCUGAUCGCUAGAAGCAACUACCUCGCGAGUCCAGAGGAUCCCGAAGAUGCACAGUCUUCAAGCAGCACAAACUCCGAGACUAGCAAUCUGCAGCAGCUGGACUCAGUAGCUCCGCCAAAGACGUAUAAACAGGUGAUAAUGGAGAUGAAACUUGAAGGCACAGGAGGUCAUUUGGCAUGGCCCGACUCGUUUGUCACCUGUGCUAUCUGCUUGGAGGCGAUGGGGGACAGCGAUUCCGUCCGCCGCUUAUCGUGUGGACAUGGUUUCCAUUCGGACUGUAUCGCUUCAUGGUAUCUGAGGCAUCAUUACACUUGUCCUCUGUGUAUGUCGUGCUACAUUACCAGUGGGGUGUGUGCACCUCGAAGCUGAGCGGUGAUCCAGGCAAGGCGUAUGGGGUCUUUGGAUAUCUCGUGGUCACGAGCCUUUUCUUCCAUAACAUUUAUAAGCGUAAGCCCCUAAUCCACGCAUUUUAUUUCUAGGACCUUGCGUGUAAUCUCUGCCAUUGGUUUUGUGAUAGAACACAGGCGAGGCACCAUUUCCUUAG